AUGACAUUCCAACAAGAGUUCUCAUCCUGGUUGACGCCCAGCAACCCUCCGCCCUCCCCGGUGCCCACUCCCGGUUCCGCCGCUCCAUCAACACACCUCCUCUCCAUCUCCCCCAGCCGGCCCACGAUCAUCACCUUUCUCCGACAUUGCGGUUGUCCCUUCGCGGAGAAGACAUUCCUUCAGAUCCGUGACAUCGCGAUAUCAAACCCAGACCUAGACUGCGUCGCGGUCAGUCAUUCCGACGAAGCGGCUACGCAGAAGUGGUUGGAGAGCCUGCCGAAGGACGAGGCUGGCGAUGCGAAGGGAAAGGUGAGGGUUGUGGUUGACGAUAAGAAGGAGGCAUAUGCUGCUUGGGGUCUCGGAGUCAGCAGCUGGGCACACGUCCUCGAUCCCAGAGCUCUAGCCAGUGUCUUCCAAUUGGCCAAAGAGGGUCUCAAGAACCGGCCAACGGAAAGCGGAAGUCGAUGGCAGACGGCCGGCUCAUAUGCAGUCAAAGACGGCAAGGUGGUCUGGGGUGGGCCUUCGCAGAGAUCGGAUGACCCGGCAAAAUUUGACGAGGCUGUCGAAGUGUUGAGAGGAAAGAAGCAAAUGGAACGAGCAUCUAUGUGA